CUCCAAUUCACAAGUGGAUUCCAAUCUAACGGUAAAAUUUGGGGAUUCUUGUGAAUUCCUCCUACAUUCUUUCCAUGAAUUUCUCCCGCAAUUUCUUCAUCCGAAAACCAUGCUUCUCCACUCCAACUACUCCAAUCAAUCUUCAACCCAUUCACCCUCACCAAUCAUCCAACUUUUGUCAAAAUCAUCAACAUUUCGCAACACCCAUUUCGCUAUCCACGUUCCUGUAAAAGAAAUUCACCAAGAAUCAACAAACAGUGAACACCCAACCCAUUGGUUUCGUUUCGUGGGUCAUUCAUUAGUCAUGAUUCUAUUGCAUUGUGAAUAAGAAUAUGAAUGGAGACACGAGGAUCAACCCCUUUUGGGUUAAAUACUUGAUCUUCGUUUCAAUAUUUCUUGUGGGUCAAAAUGUUUGGUGCCAAAAGGCUGCUCCUUCACGUAAACCUGUACCUCGAGUCUCACCCAUUCUUUCAAAUCUUUUUCUUGCAAGGUUUAACAAAACUGUUGAAAAAUUCCAGCCAGAAAUUGAAAAAGAGAUAGGAUUUUGCACAGAAGAUGUAAAGAAAGAUUUUCAUGGAGCUUUUGACUUCCAAGGUAGAGAUAGAUUCUUCCAGAAGUGCCAAGAAAAGAUGCAAGACCUCCCAAUUCGAUUGUGUACCGUAGCGGAACUUAAAGUAUACUUCACAAGCUUUUUAAGAAAUGCUGGUGACCAAAGCAUUUCUGAAUCUCACUUCUUAGAACCUAACCGAAACUGUAAUCUGACGUCAUGGUCUUCCGGAUGUGAGGCGGGCUGGGCCAGUGCAGCCAAUCCGGGCCAGAAAUACGAUUACAAUGAAACAAAUCCUAAAAAAAUGCCUUUCAGAACAUCAAACAGUAAGCCAUGUUGCGAGGGUUUCUUCUGCCCCGAAGGUCUCACAUGCAUGAUCCCAUGCCCAUUGGGCGCGCACUGCCCUGUUGCGAAACUCAAUCCAGCAACCGGGAUUUGUUUGCCAUACCAUUACCAAUUACCUUCAGGCAAGCCGAAUCAUACUUGCGGUGCAGCUGAUAUGUGGGUCCCCGUACAUUUGGGUAACGAGAUUUUUUGCGAUCCAGGAUAUUAUUGUCCAACAACUAUCAAGAAAAUCGAAUGCCCUCGAGGAUAUUAUUGCAGGAUGGGCUCUAGAGUUAAAUACCGAUGCUUUGCUGGCACGCAGUGCGAGAAGGGAACCGAAAUUCCGAGCAUGCAGGUUUUCGGAGUUUUGCUCAUUGCUUUGCUGACGGCUAUACUGAUUGUCGUAUAUAAUUGCUCAGACCAAGUAAUCUCGACACGAUACGAAAAACAAGCGAAAUCCCGAGAAGCAGCGGCGCAAUACGCACGAGAUGCGGCACAAGCAAGACAAAAGUCAAGAGCUUCAAAAGAUAAUUGGAAACCGUCGGGAUUACAAGGGUUGCAAGAAACGCUGUCACGGACAUUCACACGAACGAAAACCAAAAACGCAACUGGACCACAAGUGAACAAGAAAGACACGCAUUCGAUCGAUGAUAAUUUGGAAGAUAAAAGUAGUUCAAAUUUGGAAAGCGGAGAUAAAAGUAUAAACACAAAGCACGCGCGUAAAGCUUCGAAAGAAUUACAUACGAGAAGUCAAAUAUUCAAAUACGCGUAUGGUCAAAUCGAGAGAGAGAAAGCAAUGGACGGGAUGAACAUGGACAUGAUGUAUGAUGGCGAGGGUAUUUCUUUACGGAAACGGCCUAGGAUUGAAGUCGCGUUUAAGGAGCUAACGUUAACGUUAAAAGGAAAGCGAAAGAAUAUUAUGAGGUGUGUCAGUGGAAAGAUUUUGCCGGGUAGAAUAUCGGCUGUAAUGGGCCCUUCAGGCGCCGGAAAGACGACGUUUUUAUCUGCUUUGACCGGAAAGAUAACCGGAUGUAACAUGUCCGGGAUGAUUUUGAUAAACGGGAAAAACGAAUCUAUCCACUCGUAUAAAAAAAUCGUCGGCUUUGUACCACAAGAUGACAUCGUUCAUGGAGAUUUGACCGUAGAAGAAAACCUCCGGUUCAGUGCUCGUUGUAGACUAUCAGCUGAUAUACCAAAAGCCGAUAAAGUUCUAAUAACCGAAAGAGUAAUCGAGUCGUUGGGGUUGCAAGGAGUGAGAGAUUCUAAAGUCGGGACAGUUGAAAAACGUGGGAUUUCCGGGGGUCAAAAGAAACGGGUCAAUGUCGGGCUCGAAAUGGUCAUGGAACCGUCACUAUUAAUAUUAGACGAGCCAACAUCCGGGUUAGACAGUGCGUCUUCUAGUUUACUUCUUAGAGCCCUUCGACGUGAAGCCCUAGAAGGGGUCAACAUAAGCAUGGUCGUACACCAGCCAAGUUACUCGUUGUACAAGAUGUUUGACGAUUUGAUACUUCUAGCAAAAGGCGGUCUAACCGUGUACCACGGGCCAGUUGAGAAAGUUGAGGAGUACUUUGGGGGUAUGGGAAUCACGAUUCCCGACCGUGUAAAUACGCCUGAUCACUUAAUCGAUAUUCUCGAAGGUAUAACGAAACCGGGUGGGAAUGUGACAGCUCAGCAGCUUCCCGUAAAAUGGAUGCUUCACAACGGGUACCGUGUACCGCCUGAUAUGUUGCAUUUAUGUGAAGAAAACGGUUCAUCAUCGGCACAUGUUGAACCCGUUGAGCAUGCGGAUAGUCAACGGGAAGUUGAAAAGUAUAAUUACUUCACUACCCCUGACUUAUCGGGUCGAGUAACUCCUGGUGUUUUUAGGCAGUACAGAUAUUACAUUGGAAGGGUUGCUAAACAGCGAUUGAGAGACGCUAGAGUACAAGCAGCAGAUUAUAUAAUUCUUUUGCUUGCUGGAGCAUGUUUAGGAACCAUGGCCGAAGUGAGUGACGUGUCGUUUGGAUAUUCCGGUUACCAAUAUACCGUUAUCGCUGUUUCUCUGUUAUGCAUGAUUGGAGCUUUGAGGACAUUUUCUUCGGAUAAAUUACAGUACAGGAGGGAGAGCGCGAGUGGCAUGAACAGUUUAUCUUAUUUCCUGGCGAAAGAUACGAUGGACCUUUUAAAUGUAGUCAUGAAGCCGUUAGUUUAUCUUUGCAUGUUCUAUUUUUUCAGCUAUCCUAGAUCAAGCUUCGAGUCGAAUUAUUUGGUUUUGUUAUGCCUUGUUUAUUGUGUCACCGGCAUAUCUUAUACACUCGCCAUUUCGCUUGAGUUCAGCCAAGCCCAGUUGUGGUCUGUACUUCUUCCUGUGGUUUUGACUCUCAUUGCAAAUCAGGAUAAAACUUCUGCGGUUUCAUUAGUAUCACGAUUUGUAUUCCCGAGAUGGGCUUUGGAAGCGUUUGUUACCGCAAAUGCAAAAGAGUACACGGGUGUCUGGCUGAUGACACGAUGUGCUGCGUUGAAGAAAUUUAACUUUGAUAUUCAUAACUCGAAGAAAUGUCUUUGCUAUCUUAUGGCAACCGGAUUCGGUUGUCGUGUUCUAGCUUUCAUAUGUUUGAUGUCGAGGUCGAAGUAGUGGAAAGUUUGAGCUUAACGGGUUGACUUUUUUUAUCGGUCAAUCGGCGGUGUUGGUAAGUCAAGAAGCAUGAGGUCUGAGGUUUGAUUAUUAACAACUUUAGAGGACACACCCCUUGGUAGGAAGGAUUAAGGUUUGAGUUAAAGAUGUUAGAUACCCCAAUUAAUAGAAAUCCUUGUAGAGCUAGAUGUUUUUUGUAUAAAUAUUUUUAUGAUUAUAGAUUAUUUUGAAUUUGAA